AUGGUGGAGGUGCUGGAGCUGCCACAUGUGGUGCACUUCAUCGACCGGCCCAUGUGCUUCGUGGGGUGGCUGAAGAAAGUCCACCCCAGCGGGAAGUCUUUCAUCCUGUUGGAUGGGGAAGGCAAGCAGGUCACGGUGGAGCUGGCGGAGCCACUUGAAGAUCAGAUUUCUGGGAUCCUGGAAGUCGUUGGCAGAGUGAUGGCCAAGGCCACCAUUUUGUGUGCAUCCUACAUGCUGUUCAGAGAUCACAACAACAGCUUUGAUCUCCGGCUCUACAGUGACGCUCUCAAAAUCAUCCACAAGUUCCCACAGUAUUACCCGUUUGGGGCCACGCAACAGGACUGAC